CCUCGCGCGAGCGCCGCCACCGCAGGUUGAUCUCUCGUUCGAUUCUCUCGCUCCCGACCGUUUCUCCUCCCAUCACCCCACGAACGGAUUCCGCCCUUUAGCUCCCCGUUUCAUCUCCUUAAUCUUCCUCAAUUCGUACCUGAGGCAAAAGUCAAGGUAGCCCUACCUUUCCCUACUGGGUCCUCUGCCCGUGCCCCGCCGCAUGUCAUGGCUGGACCGACGCUGCCCUCGCCAUCUUUAUCAGCUUUCACCCCCGUCAAGAAAGAGCAUGAAGCCGACGUCGCAGCAGCUGCCGCCGCUCAUGCGCCGCGCCCACCACCCCACGAGAAGCGCCACCAUGACCGCCUUCCCAUAACCCCAACCCAGCAGAUUCUCACUCCGCAAACUACUCCGUCAGGCUCUUUGAGGACCGAUUCCUUCACGGUGAAGCGAGGCGGUGAGCCGGCCCUAACACCGAAGACUGUGCCCACCUCCAUAAAGCGUGAUCCUGACGCUGACGCGGAGUCAGGCAACCAUGCCGAAUGGAAAAACCUGCGCACCCCACCCCACAAGAAGCGCCGCGGUGACCUUUCCCUGGUAGCCUCAACCCAGCCCCUUUUCUCGCCCACAACCAGCCAAUCGGACAAUUCAAGGGCCCAAUCCUUCACGGUCCAGCGAGACGGUGAGCUGGACCUAACGCCGAAGAUUGCGUCCACCAUCAUAAAGUGUGAGCCUGACGUCGAUGCCGGCAAGGAUUCAGUAGGGAAGGUAGUCAGGAGACGGCACCCUGACCCCCACUCAAGACCCAAGGUAGCGCAUGCCCCCACCCUGUGGGUCAACCGAGGCCGCCUUGGCCAUCUCCUCCAUGAUCUCGCUCGAGCACACAAGUGGCAUGAUGCUGCUGGCGUCUUCUCAGCGCUCCUACCUGGAAUCCUGCAGCCUGACUCCUUUGGGGAAGCCCACCGCAUUUUCGUGGAUGCGAUGGAGAUCCAUAGGCGGCUUGCUGAGGACAGCGGCAUUCAGCUGGGCGGCAGGAGCAGGUACUACCUCAGGACGCUAAAGGUUUUCGAUGUUUGGAUGCGGCGGUUAAUUUGGUUGCCCACUAGUGCAAAAAAACACUUGGUUAAACUCGAAUUGGCCAUGUUCCAUCUCUCCCAAGGCAAGAUCGGCGAUGCAUAUAAUUUGACGAAAAGUCUUAUUGCUAUGGAUGGGCUACAAACAGAACCAACUCUGAAUCUGAUACAUGGCUUGAUAUCAUACGAUAAAUGGUAUUCUGGCUUGCCCAAAGAUAUGCAACUUGAGGGGUUUGAUAUCUAUAACGAAGCAUGCACGAUUUCGGUGGAGUCUAAUGGCUUUGGAGAAAAUCGUCUCCAGGAUAGUUCAAAUGACAAUUGCAGCAUUGAUGUUGAUGAUGCCAGUUUACCUUCUUGCUCUUCACAAAGUUCAAUCAAUAUUGAGAACAUAGACAAAAAAUGGAAGAUUUCCAAGAAACCUGGUUUUCUUCAUCCUGUUAAGGAAAAUGAUUCGGUUGGAUCACAAGUGAACGAAGAAGUGGUUGAUACAGAUUUCCGAAGCGUAUUUUUUAAUACUUCUGAUAGCCCUACAUGCGGAUUGGAAAAAAGCUUGUUGCCGUUACGGCUAAAGUGUGCUCCUGACACCUCAAAUGAUUCCUUUGAUUCGUACUGGAAGUACAAGUCAACAACUAAUUCCUGCUAUGAAGAGGCAGUAAAAUGUUUAAGAUUGGCUCUUCAUUCAUCACCGCCAGUAAUGUCCGCCUUAUUGCCAUUAAUACAGAUUCUUCUGCUUGGUGAUAAACUGAAAGAUGCACUUGUUGAACUUGAGGAGACCUGCCGCAGUUCAACUACGGCACUUCCUUUCAGAUUGAGAGGUAGACUGUUAGAGUAUUUUGACCAAAACCAAGUAUCAACUAUCUCUUGUUGCUAUGAGGAGGCUUUGCGGAGAGAUCCUACAUGUGGUCACUCGGUUGAGAGGCUAAUUGAAAUGCACAGAAAAGGAUACUAUAAUUCCGUCCAGCUGCUUGAGGCAAUAGCUUUGCAUUUGGAUUCAGUGAAUGGGAAACCUUUUAUCUGGGAGGAGCUUGUAUCAUGCUUCCUUCGACUUUUUUCUCAUCGGACUGCUGACUAUGAGGAUUGUAUUUCUUGUAACAUUCAAGGAGAUACAGCAAUUGCAGCUUUUAGUAGCAUGUCUUCAGUAUUCUUUGAACAACAUAAAAGAGAAUCAUGGAAGCUCCGCUGCAGAUGGUGGAUGAAUCAUCAUUUCAGCCAAAGCAUCUAUACAUCAGAAACCUUGAAAGGUGAUUGCAAGCUCCUCGCUUCUAAAGCAGCUUGUGCUACUCACUUGUUUGGACCCAGAUUCAAAUAUGUCGGAGCAGUUAACAACUAUCUUUUCGAGCAAAAAGCCAAGGAUGAACUCCAAUUCUUAUCCAGGAAUAUGGGAAAUUCUGUGAAACUAUUACAAUCUUUGGAGAAACUAACGCCAUGAUUCUGAUUGUUUCAAUUUUCCGUUUGCAUGGCGUACUUGAUGUUGUAGCUUGUAAGUACAAUUUUGAUGUGAUAUUUGUACUUCCUAGUGCCUCUCAAUUUGAGGUUAAUUUUUGUAAGAUUGGAUCAACGUAUUUAUUCUAGCCCUGACAUAUUGUGUUGGUAUUAAUUCUAGCCCCUAAAGAGCCAUGUGCAAGGCCGUUUCUGUUGGGAGGGUUUUUAUCUAAACACAUAUGUAAUGCUUAUUUGGGGUGACCUAAUACAUCAAGAUUUGUGCCACUUCUAUUUA